AUGGCAGCUCCUUUGUCAGCCUGGCCUUGGGAGAACUUGGGCAUUUAUAAGUAUCUGCUAUAUGGACCUCUUCUUUCAAAAGUCUUGUAUACAAGGAUUCAAGAGGGUUCUUUCAAGGACGAUUGGUGUCUCCAUAUUCUGAUUAUAUGUGCUGCUAGAGCAGUUCUUCAUCAAUUGUGGAGUACUUUUGUUAACAUGCUUUUCCUAACAAGUAAUCUCCGGAUUAAUCAACAAGGCUAUGAUUUCAAGCAGAUAGACAAAGAGUGGGAUUGGGAUAAUUUCAUACUUCUUCAAGCUCUUAUUGCAUCCAUGGCAUGUUACAUGUACCCCCCAUUCAUCGAAAAUGUUCCUCUAUGGAACACAAAAGGUUUUAUUACCAUUUUGACACUCCAUGUGGGAAUUUCAGAGCCUCUAUACUAUUGGGUGCAUAGAUGCUUUCAUACAAGUGAUCUCUUUACCAAGUACCAUUCAAUCCACCACUCUUCCCCAGUACUGCACCCUUUCACAGGUGCAAAUGCAACAUUUUUGGAGCAUCUUGCUCUAACCACAGUCAUUGGAAUUCCAAUAAUUGGGUCUUAUAUGAUGGGAUAUGGAUCAAGAAGCAUGAUUUAUGGGUAUCUCUUGGUGUUUGAUUUUCUUAGAUGCUUGGGGCAUUGCAACGUGGAAGUUGUUCCUCAUCAAUUGUUUGAUGCUCUUCCCUUUCUUAGAUAUCUUCUCUACACUCCGACAUACCACAGCCUGCACCACACAGACAUGGGCACCAAUUUCUGCCUCUUUAUGCCAUUCUUUGAUGCAAUAUGGAAGACACUUAAUAGCAAGUCUCGGGAACUCCACAAGAAAAUAAGCUCAAGUGCAGGGAAAGACAGGAGAACUAUACCUGGUUUUGUUUUCUUAGCACAUGUUGUAGAUGUAACAUCUUCAUUACAUGCCCCAUUUGUCAUCCGUUCUUUUGCUUCGUUGCCCUAUACGACGAGGCUCUUUUUGCUGGUUUGCUGGCCUGGGGCAUUUAUUGCUAUGCUUAUGAUGUGGGCAUGGGCUAAGACCUUCUUAAUCUCUUUCUAUAAUCUCAGAGGCAGGUUGCAUGAAACAUGGAGUGUUCCAAGAUUCGGCUUUCAGUAUUUCUUGCCAUUUGCUAAAGAGGGUAUCAAUAAGCACAUAGAAGAGGCUAUUCUUAGGGCGGAUAGGCUCGGGGUCAAGGUCAUUAGCCUUGCUGCAUUGAACAAGAAUGAAGCUCUCAAUGGUGGUGGUACGCUGUUUGUGAACAAGCACCCAAACCUUAAAGUUCGAGUUGUCCAUGGAAAUACUUUAACUGCUGCAGUUAUUCUCAAUGAAAUCCCCAAGGAUGUAGAAGAAGUGUUUUUAACAGGAGCAACUUCCAAACUUGGAAGAGCUAUUGCGCUCUACCUUUGCCAAAGGAGAGUAAGAGUCCUAAUGCUGACCUCAUCAACAGAGAGAUUUCAAAAAAUUCAAAAGGACGCCCCAAUUGAAUGUCAAGUCUAUCUGGUACAAGUGACCAAGUACCAAGCAGCUCGUAGUUGCAAGACCUGGAUCGUGGGCAAGUGGAUCACACCACGGGAGCAAAGUUGGGCCCCAACAGGAGCACGUUUCCAUCAAUUUGUGGUGCCCCCCAUUUUGUCCUUCAGAAGAGACUGCACUUACGGUGAUCUUGCAGCCAUGAGACUCCCUGAUGAUGUUCAAGGACUUGGAAAUUGCGAGUAUACGAUGGAGAGAGGAGUAGUACACGCAUGCCAUGCAGGCGGUGUGGUUCACCUGCUAGAAGGUUGGAGUCACCAUGAAGUUGGGGCAAUUGAUGUUGAAAGAAUCGAUCUGGUUUGGAAAGCUGCAUUAAAGCAUGGCUUAAAACCGGUCUAA